AUGGCUUUACGCUGGUACCAAGCGAAGCUGGCCAAGCGGCCUCUGUUGACUCAGGCUGUCACUACCGCUGUCCUUUUCGGCGCUGGCGACACGCUCGCCCAACAGGCUGUGGAGAAGAAAGGCUUCGAAAAGCAUGACCUAGCGCGGACAGCUCGCAUGUGCACAUACGGCGGCUUGGUGUUCGGACCGGCAGCAACCAAAUGGUACAGCUUCUUGCAGAAGAACAUCAACCUGAAGUCACAGAAUGCAACCAUCGCGGCACGAGUACUGGCAGACCAGACGGUCUUUGCAACGUGCAAUCUCGCAUUUUUCCUUUCGACAAUGUCGGUAUUGGAAGGGACCGAUCCUAAGGAGAAGCUUGCGAAGAGUUACCUCCCCGGGCUCAAAGCAAACUGGGCGCUUUGGCCGGCAGUCCAGGCAGUGAAUUUCAAGUUUGUACCCUUGGAACAUCGAGUAUUGAUUGUCAACAUCGUCAGUUUGGGCUGGAACUGUUUUUUGAGUUACUUGAAUAGCUCAUAA